AUGGCCAGGUCGAACGUCGUGGAUCAUGGCGUGUAUGUGAAGCCCGUUUCCCACAACCCAUUCAUUUCGAGUGUGCAUGAUGGUGUUAGCACCGGCUAUCUUGAAGGAUUUUCGGCCAAACCCAUCCACUGGCUUUACCGCUUUCGCUUCAACAGUCUUCCACAAGGUUUUGCAACGGGAUUCUUUUCUCGCAAUCCGUACGGCCGGUACGUUCACUGGCUGGAAGUGAGCACCAUUGAGAAAAUGCGCGUUCAGGCCUUUUCUGUGGAGGGUCUCCCUUGCAAUGUCGUGUCGGUUCUUGUGACACUUUACAGCCUCUGGUACUGCUACCGCCUCUGCUUCCUGCAUCCAGACCUCACGCUUUAUAACCUUGGUCUCUGGACGACGAAGCCGUGGAUUUCGGCGCAGCGAUUCAACAAGAAGCAUGAGCUUGACCAACCCGUUUUCCGCUGGAUUCAUCGUGCACCGGAGUACUUCGUGCCUGACCCGUAUCGUGAGCUCACCAAGCUUGGUGUGGCGGCCAACGACACGUGGAGAGAGUACGUCAAGUCUGUGGGCCGUGAAGACGAACUUCUCAUUGGACCGCUUGACAAGGGAUAUGGUGCAGCUGGUAAGGGCAAGCUGCUGCCGAUGGAUAUUGCGCAUGAAGAUAAGAGUGGCCACAGCCCUGGCCCUUUCCCCACACUUCGUUAG